AAAGUGCUAAGCAAAAUAUCCUUUUGUUCAUAGUGGGCGAACUGAAUGAAAAGUUGGCAUCAGUUUCUGAAGGAGCAACAGCAACGACUCAGGAUGGUGAACCUCUUCAAUUGGGAUACAGAGAAGAGACCCGGGAUUCUGGAACCUGCAUGCACACGUUUUAUGGACACGAUGGAGUAAUCACAUCAUUAGAUCUGAAUGGACCUUACGGAGCCCUGGUAACUGCAUCAAAGGACAAUACAACACGUGUCUGGGAUCUGACAACAUUCAAGUGUCUGGGUCAAUUGCCUGGCCAUGAAGACUAUGUCGAAUGUAUGCAGCUCUUCCAGAACACGCUUGUGACAGGAUCCAGGGACAAAUCGAUCAGGAUUUGGGACCUUACAGAUCUUACUCAUGCCCAGGUCACCCGAGACGGCUCACCGACCCCAUCGGACUCCAGCAGCCGUUCUGGCAAGAUCAACGGAGGCUCUCCUGUAUUUUCACCGGACGAGUAUUCGAGGCCAUCGAUCGACACAUUGACAACUCUUGAUAACUGCUGGACGAGUACCUUGAAUAGCCAUACUGGACCCGUCACUUGCCUUUAUUACGAAGAUCAGAAACUGCUCUCGGGUUCGAACGACAAGACGAUCAAGGAAUGGGAUAUGACUACGGGACAAUGUGUGCUGACAAUGGAUCUACUCUGGGCAAUGGGAACUUCGAACUCGUGGGCAGAUUGGAUGGACUAUGAUCUCACGACCAACCGCUUCGUCGGUAGUCUGCAGUUUUGGCAAUACGCGCUUUGCAGCGGCACCAUUGAUGGCGCACUCCGCAUGUGGGAUCUUCGCUCGGGUCAAUCGCACCGUACUCUGGUCGGUCACACCGGGCCUGUGACCUCGUUGCAGUUCGAUGAGUACCAUGUCGUGAGCGGAAGCAUGGAUAAGAGUGUUAGAAUCUGGGAUCUGAGAACAGGAGGCAUUCAGGAGAUUUUGCAGUACGAUGAUCCUGUAAACAGUCUGCGGUUCGAUCUGUCCAAGAUAAUUAUCGGAUCCGGAGAGAGCCUCAAGAUAUACGAUCGGGUUGCACAACAGCAUUCGUAUUACACGGGACAUACGAAUGUGGUUGAGUGUGUGCGGUUCAGUGAUUCGGUUCUUGCCUCUGGAGGGCAGGAUUCGACAGUGCGGCUAUGGAGUCGGUGACGAACUCGUCUAUGUACAUUUACACCAAUAAAUCGAGUAAAAAGAAAAAGAAAAAAAGAGAGGGACUAUAUUCUAGGGC